UCUUGGCGUGGUGGAGCCGCCGCUCGAGCUGCCGAGUCCUGCGAGCCGAGUGCGGUGCGGACCCGGGCCCAGCGGCGCGGGGCCGGUGCACCCAGAGGACGAUGGCAGCGUCCGCCCGACUCGGGGCGUUGAUGGCAACCUCGCACCGCAGGCGCUGGCUGUGCUCGGGGCUUGUGGCGGCGCUCUGGCUGUUGACAGCCAGAGUGUCAGCGUUGGAAGUAUAUACACCAAAAGAAAUCUAUGUGGCAAAUGGGACACAAGGGAAGCUCACAUGCACAUUCAAGUCCACCAAUGUGACUAGCCGCUUAACCACUGUUUCCUGGAGCUUCCAGCCAGAGGGGACUGACACCACUGUGUCGUUUUUCCACUACUCCCAAGGGCAAGUAUACUUUGGGAAUUAUCCACCAUUUAAGGACAGAAUCAGCUGGGCUGGAGACCUCGACAAGAAGGAUGCAUCAAUCAACAUAGAAAAUAUGCAGUUUAUACACAAUGGCACCUACAUCUGUGAUGUCAAAAACCCUCCUGACAUUGUUGUCCAGCCUGGCCAUAUUAGACUCUAUGUCGUGGAAAAAGAGAGUUUGCCAGUUUGGGUGGUGGUGGGUAUAGUUACUGCUGUGGUCCUAGGGCUCACUCUGCUCAUCAGCAUGAUUCUGGCGGUCCUCUAUAAAAGGAAAAACUGGAAACCGGAAUAUACUGGGGGCCAGUUAUAUACGCACAGUUAGACCACUCUGGUGGACAUCACAGUGACAAGAUUAACAAGUCAGAGUCUGUGGUGUAUGCGGACAUCCGGAAAAAUUGAGAAAAGACCAAGAACAUAUCCUAAGCAAGAAACAAAUCCAAACUGGACUCUUUUCCAGAAAGUGUAAUCCAUAGCCAUAUGUGGUCUUGAGGACCCAGGCACGGACAAGCAUGUGUAUACUCAUAGAGGGAGAAAAACAAAUGUGUAUGAAGACUAUGUAUAAAUAUUCUGUUUAAUUUUCCU